AUGGCCGCCGGUAUCAAGACCAUUAUCGCGCUCUCAUUUGUGCUUGCGAUCGGUUUCCUCCUUGUCAUUCUUUCCUCCGCCCUCUGGCAUAAGUACUGGCCCCUCUUGGUUGUCGCUAUCUAUGUGAUUGCGCCGCUUCCCAAUUGGAUCUGCUCGCGAUGUGCAAACCCGGAUGAUUUUAUGGACAGCUCGUCCAAUGCGGCGAUGGACUUUGGUCGCUUCAUGACCGGCUUCCUCGUCCUGACUGGUAUUGCGCUUCCCAUUGUUCUUGCGCACAGCGGAGAGAUUCAGCUCCCGGCCAUGAUCAUGUCGAUUCUCGGUGGUCUUUUGAUCUACGGAACCAUCAUCAGCUUCUCGAUGUUCUUCCAGGAGCAGGAAGAAUUCUGA